AUGAUGAUGAUCUCCCGUCAUCGGCACUGUCGUCUUCUAUCAAUUGCUACUAUACUGGCAUUACAAUGGACUGGGAACUACGCAUCUCAACAAGCUCCAGAUGUUCCCUUUGAAGUGAUACAGCCGGAUGGAUCCCUAAUCCAAGUGGUCCCCAAUGGAAAUGCUCAAGACAACUACUUAACCGACACCCUUGGCUAUGGAAUUGAACAAGACGAGUCGGGGUACUAUGUCUAUGUUGGCGAAUCAGAAACGGGGGAGGUGGUUUAUUCCAAAGAAACGGUUGGGAAAGACGGACCAAAAGACAAGAAGAAGAAAAAGAAAAUGCACAAGAAAAAGACCGAUUGUAACAAAAAGAUGUGUGGAGGCACACCAGAAGACCCGAGAAAGGCAUCAAAAAGAUCCAGGACCCUUCGUGGUAGCAGUGCGACCCACCAUGGUCGAGCUCUUGAGGAACCCGAUCAAAUGGCCGAAAGAGAAAUUCAAACUACUGGAGUGUUGAAGAACUUGGUCGUUCUCCUUCAUUUCAAAGAUCAUGCGGAACAUAAGGAUCGCAAGGACGACAUUCCCACUCGGGAAGCUAUUGAUUUCCUGAUGAACAGCGAUGAAUCACACCCUGAAGUAGCUCCAAUUGGAAGUCUCAAAUCCAUUUAUAAGGAAGUUUCCUACGGAAAAUUGACUAUUGAAUCGACUGUCACGGAAUGGUUUGUUACCAAAGAAACUGAAUCCUGGUAUGCCGAUGGCGACUCGGGAACUACUAAUUUGCACCAAGCACUGCGAGAUUCACUGGACUAUCUGGAUCAGAAUAACAUUGUCAACUUUACGGAAUUCGAUUCGAAUCAAGAUGGCCAGAUUGAUGCCAUUACCUUUCUGCAUUCUGGUUAUGCUGCCGAAUGGAUGGCACGUGAUCGUUACGGUGGAACCUACCGGAAUCGGAUAUGGUCCCACAAAUGGAAUAUUUGGAGUGAUGCCAGUGGCAGAAACAUUGGUCCAUGGGAAAGCAAAGAUGGAAUCAGUGUCUAUGACUAUCACAUUUCACCGGCACUCUGGGGAGUUCGUGGAACGGAUAUCGGGCACGUAGGAGUCAUUGCUCACGAAACUGGGCACUUUAUAGAUUUGGAUGAUCUUUACGACACCAAUGGGGGUGGAAAUGGUAUUGGUAACUAUUGCUUUAUGGCGUCAUCAUGGGGAUGGGACAAAUCGCAAGAACCACCUGGAUCAAUGACUUGCUGGACCAAAGCGCAACUUGGAUGGCUCACCCCACAAAAGGUGCAAUAUGGAGUCAACACCCUUUCUGACUCGAUCACAACACCAGACUGCAUCAAGAUCGGAGAUGGUGAACAUGGAUUUCCCGAAGGGGAGUACCUUCUGAUUGAGAAUCGCCAACCUAGGGGCUUGGAUUCAAAGAUUCCACAAGGAGGUCUAGCCAUUUUUCACAUUGAUGAGAAAAUCAAGCAUGAUCUUGAAGGUCAUCCUGGACAAUACGGUUGGCCUCUCAAUGGGCGUCACUACAGGGUGGCUUUACUUCAAGCGGACGGAGAUUUUGAUUUGGAACGACAAAUCAAUCACGGCGAUAGCGGUGACCUCUUUCAUGGAGAUGGAGUGGACAAACUUCUGCCGUCGGCAAGCACCAACCGAGGACCAUUCCCAAACACGGAUUCCUAUCAAAGAGGACGGGUUCGACAGACUGGAGUAGAGAUCUAUGGGAUUAGCAAGUCCAACGCUACCAUGACAUUUAUUUUCACGGAUGGGACUGUUGAACUUCCUUCAGCUCAGCCUUCUCCAAUCGCAUCAAGCUCCCCUUCAGACCUUCCAAGUACGGUGCCUACCGACAGUCCGUCAUCUCCUUCGGCAAGUCCCUCUUCUACGCCAUCUCUCCAGGCCUCCUCAUUUUCCUCUCAGUGCUUGGAGGAGGGCACGGAAUGCGAAAAUGUCACAGAAUGUUGUAACGACAAAGCCGAAUGCAAAGUGGUGGAGAAGAGGCAAAGGAAAAAGGUUUGCUCCAAAUAA